AUGUCGAGUGUUACGCUUAUGUGGGUCGGUGACCUGAACCAAGACAGGAAAAUGCAGGGGCUAUCCACAAAGGUCUCGGAUGAAAAUUGUAUCAACAAAAGAAUGAUUUCUCGGAAUCAUGCCACGAUUGAACGACUGCUCAAUGGAGGGUUCAUGUUAUACGAUCACAGCAUGAAUGGCACAUACAUAAAUUACAUGCGAGUCUCGGGAGGCGUUACCCUCAAACACGGAGAUAUAGUGUGCUUCGGUCACCUGAAUGGGGCGAAUCUAAAGCCUGGCGAGGACGUUGCUCCCUUUUUUUCCGACCUCAAGUACCAGGUAAGAUGGCUGUUCUUAGCUAUGUCCCAAUGCCCUAUACCUAUAGGGUUUCCUUUUUGUUGCGUUUUAUCGGUAUAUUUUCCAUGUGCAUGCACUCUGCUCUUUGAGGGCCUUUUAGCCAUGGUUCAAGAUUGGUCGUUUUCCACGCUUUCUGCGCAUAGACCGAAUGACCCUGCCGGUCCGGAUUCGGCGGCUCCCGUCGGUAAAAGACAAAGACAGAGUAGCCAGUCAGGCAGUCUGAGCUCGCCUAAGCGCGCUGAUACGGCUUCACCUGAGACCAAAAUAUCGCGUUCGAGCGCUAAGAAGACCACCAAUUCACACAAAUCCCGUCGCCUUGGGGCUAAGGCUGAGGAUGAUGAUGAUGAGGAGGCGGCAGGAGACAAGAGCAAUGGUAGCAGCAGAAGCAGUAGUGAAGAUGACCUUCUGACUGCCGCCUCAAAACGCAAGCUGCCGGUCUCCAGCCUGACCAGUUCCUCCACCAAGCCCAAGAAGAGCAACGGUGAACGUCAAAGCACCACCGCCACUAAGCGACACUCUGUGGCCGCCUCUCCGCCACCACCACCAUCCUCGCAUUCGAAAAAAUCCUCCUCCAGCCUCUCCAAGUCCUCCACAGGUCACCAGCAUCACGGGACGAAAGAGCGCAAAUCUGGCCGUUCCACCGGCACCUCCUCUUCCUCAGCCGCCAAACGUGUCAAAACUGAGACCGAGGCUGAACUGGACAGCGGUGGAGAGCUCUACCACUACGACACGGAGGAGUGCUCUGCCCGUCCCUGUAAGCACCCUCAGGACGUGGCGAUCGACUGGAUUCAGUGUGACAAGUGUUCCAAUUGGUACCAUCAGGUCUGUCUUGGCCUGAGGGCAUCCGAAGCCAAUGUGGAUGUCUAUUACUGUCCCUACUGCAAGAAGAACUAG